AAGGAAAUGCAUAUUUUUUCCCCACCCACAAUUCUUUUGAGGAGCCAACAAGUGUUGUUAACCUCAAUUCUGGGAAACUUGAGUGAAAUUUCUCACUAUUUUCCUUCCAAUGAAAAAGCACUCUUCCUCACCUACAAAUACCCUCUUUUCCCACCCACAAUUAUAAGGAAACCAGCUCCUCCUACCAAGUGGUUUCUCAAAGCCAGAUUUUUUCUCUUUGCCAUUUUGUAUUAUUGAUCUCUUCAGAAUUUUAAAAGAAACGAAGGAAAAACAUGGAAGACAAUACUGGAUCUAGAGAAAGUAAAAAGAAAAGCAUGGAAGACAACACUAGAUCCAGCAAAAGUAAAGAGAAAAGAAGGAAAAGCAUGGAAGACAACACUAGAUCCAGCGAAAGUAAAGAGAAAAGAAGGAAAAGCAUGGAAGACAACACUAGACCUACAGAAAAUGAAAGUGAAGAAGACAUUCUUGAUGAAGGUGAUGAGGAGGCAGAUGAAGAGCAUGAUCAAGAACCAGAGGUCUUAGUACAACCCGAGCCUGUAGUGAAUAAGGCCCCUGAAGUUUCUUCAGCACCUGAAGAGGUUGGGGCUACAAUCUCAAGCCAAUCUGUGCCUGGCCAAAAUAUUGUUCUUGUAAGACCAAGAACUUUAGGUCAAACAAAUCCUACAGAACACAAUGGUCCAGUUCCAAUGGAAGGUGAUGAGGAGAUUUUUGAAGAAGAGGCAGUUUGCAAAAAUUGUUUUCACAAUUUGAAAGAAGAAAAUAUACUCAAGACGGAAUGUAAAUGCGGUAACGCCCUCAUCCAUGAAGACUGUGCAGCUAAAUGGUCAAGAACGAGAGGUAACAACAACUGUGAUUCUUGUGGACAAGAGGUUCAGACUUUUCCUGUUACUUUGGUGAGAGGGCUGAGUAGUUCUACUCAAGUGGUUGGUAGAGAAGAGAGCAAUAAAUCGAGCUUUUUUUCAUGGUUAUGAGGAUUAAGAAGGCUUGAAUUUCUCAAUAUCUUUCGUCUUCUCAGAGCAAUUUCUGCAAUAGAAUCUUCUAGUAUAAAAGGAGCAACUGAUGAAGGGCAUAAUUUGAUUUCUAUUUUUAAUUAGACGAGUUUUCUUAGUAUCUUAUGUUUUAUGUGAUACAGCUAUUUUGGCAGUAUUAACUAGGGGCUGUGGCCUAGUGAUCUUGUGGUGUGAGAUUGUCAGUUUAUUUCUUAUGGAGAGGAGUUUGAUAUUUCUUAUAGUGUUUAUUUCUCUCCUAUUGUGAUAUUUGUAAGUUUGAGCUAUUUCUUAUAGUGGUUGUUAGACUUGGUGAUUGUUUGCUUUCUA